CCCUUUAAUAUUAAUCUUAUGACUUGAGAGCUGUUUUUUGUCCUUUUCCCCAUAUUCCUCUUCUCAAGAAAGCACAGUUUGAAGCUCUCAAGUGAGUCUCUCACUCCUUUUACUCCUUUUCGGUUUUCGGUCAUAUCACCUUCGUUAAAACCUGACGUGUAUCCCCUAACUUUUUCUAUCCACCACCGAUUCAUUUUCAGGGUUGAAGCCGUCAGUGCCAGACAUGAACGUGAGGCAGCAGGCAUCAGGAGAGAACAGCAGCAACAACAACAACCACUCUGCUGAUGAGACCAACGAAUGCACCGUGAGGGAGCAAGACCGUUUCAUGCCAAUCGCAAAUGUGAUUAGGAUCAUGCGGAAGAUUCUCCCCCCACAUGCCAAGAUCUCUGAUGAUGCCAAAGAGACAAUUCAAGAGUGUGUGUCUGAGUACAUCAGCUUCAUCACCGGAGAGGCAAACGAGCGUUGCCAGAGGGAACAGCGCAAGACCAUAACUGCUGAGGAUGUGCUUUGGGCCAUGAGCAAGCUUGGAUUUGAUGACUACAUGGAACCACUGACCAUGUACCUUCACAGGUAUCGUGAGCUUGAGGGUGACCGAACCUCCAUGAGAGGUGAAUCGCUGGGGAAGAGGACCAUUGAAUACGCCCCUAUGGGUGUUGGGGUUCCCACUGCUUUUGUGCCUCCACAGUUUCACCCCAAUGGAUACUAUGGUGCUGCAAUGGGGACUUACGUUGCGCCACCCAACGCUGCGUCCUCUCAUCACCAUGGAAUGCCAAGUACUGAACCGAAUUCUCGCUCCAUGUGAAUUAAUGAUGGUGACGAGUGUUGAGUAGUUCUGAGUAUGAGUCAAGAGAAGAAGAAGAAGAUGAAGACAACGACUUUAAUUAACUAGCUUAACUCUCGGUAAUUAAAGUACCGUUGGUAGUAAACUUUUAUAAUGGAUGGGAUUAAGGAGUUGUGAUAUUCCUAAUCCUAAUUAUGUCUAUGUUAAUCUAUGCAAUAACUUCUCUUGUGUGUUGGAUAUUCUGAUGUUUUUUAA